CAGAGAGGGCAGAUCGAGGGCAGAUCUAGGGCAGGGGGAGAUCGAGGGAGGGUAGGCUGAGCAUCCAAGGGGUGCCCCAAGAGCAGGGCCCAGGGGUGGGGAGCGAAAGGGGUGGGCCGGCCAUGUCCCACGGGACCUACUAUGAAUGUGAGCCCCGGGGUGGCCAGCCGCCACUUGAGUUCUCAGGGGGCCGAGCGGGGCCUGGGGAGCUGGGGGACAUGUGUGAGCAUGAGGCCUCCAUCGACCUCUCUGCCUACAUCGAGUCUGGGGAGGAACAGCUGCUUUCCGACCUCUUUGCCAUGAAGCCAGCACCUGAGGCCCGAAGCCUUAAGGGCCCCGGAACCCCUGCCUUCCCUCACUAUCUGCCGCCUGACCCACGGCCCUUCGCCUACCCACCACAUACCUUCGGCCCAGACAGGAAGGUGCUGGGCCCUGGCAUCUACAGCAGUCCAGGGAGCUACGACCCCAGAGCUGUGGCUGUGAAGGAGGAGCCCCGGGGGCCAGAGGGCAGCCGAGGUGCCAGCCGAGGUGGCUACAAUCCCUUGCAGUACCAAGUGGCACACUGUGGGCAGACAGCCAUGCACCUGCCCCCCACCCUGGCAGCACCCGGCCAGCCCCUUCGCGUUCUCAAGGCCCCUCUGGCUGCUGCUGGGGCCCCCUGCAGCCCCCUCCUCAAGGCGCCUUCCCCAGCUGGCCCCUCACACAAAGGCAAGAAGGCAGUGAACAAGGACAGCCUAGAAUACCGGCUGCGGCGGGAGCGCAACAAUAUCGCAGUGCGCAAGAGCCGGGACAAGGCCAAGCGGCGCAUUCUGGAGACGCAGCAGAAGGUGCUGGAAUACAUGGCCGAGAACGAACGUCUGCGCAGCCGGGUGGAGCAGCUCACCCAGGAGCUGGAUACCCUCCGCAACCUCUUCCGCCAGAUCCCUGAGGCUGCCAACCUCAUCAAGGGUGUGGGGGGCUGCAGCUAAGCCUGGCUGAUGGACUGUGGGUACCAGACCCAUGGCUGGACCCUGGAGACCCCACCCUGCUGGGACCUCGGAGGCCUCUGCAGGCCAAGCCUAAGACAUGACGAUGGACCAGGGUGGCAGGGUAGCUGAGGGGGCAGGACCCAUGAAGAUUC